CCAGGCACCAGGGAUAGUAAGAGAGACUGAUUUUUUUUUUUUACUUAAGAAGGUGCAGAGCUCAUUUUACUUGAGCUUUACAGUUUUAGAGAUUUAAAAUCUUCAUAGCUGGUAAUUUUUAAAAAUCUUUUCUGGCUGGAUUUCUUUCUCUUUUUUUUUUGUUGUUUGAUCCACAUUUCUGUACUUUGGUUCAUUUGCACACCAACGUGAAGCACUGAAGGGUAGAGCUGGCUACAAUUGUUGAAAAAGUAUUUUCGUCUGUUUCACGGACGUUGCUAGUCCUAUUUUUGUCUCAAGCUGGUGUCUUGACGUGAUUUUUGUAUCACCGGAAGCCAUGAGUGCCUUGGUAAAGACGGGAGAUGGCAACAAUGCAAGCUUUGACCUCAUCCAAAAUCGGAUUGAGUCACUGAGCAGCAAGAUGGACAAGCUCAUCAACAUUCAAGAAAAGGUCCUCAACCGACUAGAUGGGAUGUCUCAGGACAUUGACGGCAUUGAAAAGGAUAUGGAGAAUCUGAAGGUUGACAAGGAGGAGAUCCACCUGCCACCCAGGGUAGUGAACCAGACCCAGGUCAUGGGGCGAGAAGUGAGGGAGAUAUGCCAGGAGAUGAGCACCAUCAUGUCAGUGGUGAACCAGCGGUCCGAGCAGCAGGCUCAGAAGCUGGAAGGGAUGGAAAAGCUGGUCCUCAGCAUGCAGCAGGUGAUCAGCUUCAUUGGGGAGACGGUGAAGAGUUCGAGGAUUAUGGAGCUGGUGUUGAAAGGCCCUGCAGCUCGGAAGGGCUUCAAAUCCAAAGACAAUAAAGGGAAGCAAGCUGUCAAGAGAAAAACAUCCACAGAAACAUUAACCAAGAGGCUUGACAAGAAAACUACCUCUAAUAAAGCCAGUAAAGGGAAUCAACAGAUAACUCCUGCAUGUGUGCCCAGUACUCCUCAGCCCUCUCACAGGAUAAAGCUCCAUGGACCAAAGCAUUUCCUCGCCUCUCGAAAAUGUGGAAAGUUUUUGAAAGACCAUAAAGGUAAAGAUGGGACAGAGAAGCCAUGUUUGAGCCCUAAGAAUCAGAAAGCUCAAAAGAAGAUGAAGCCCCCAGACACAACAGUUCUGUUUGGGCUUUUUGUAGAUCAUAUCUCUCUGAAGAAGCAGGUUUUGCUUCUUCAAGAGGUGCAGAAGCUCAACAGGGAAAACACAGAGAAAUCAGGUCACCAGCUCACCCCUGAAUGUCUGGAUCUGGAGGCUGGAGUGCCCCCUAAAGCUCAACAACCUGAUCAACAACCUGCUUGUAAUCUGGUGGACUACCUGCGUGAAGAUUCCCCAGUGGCUGAGAAGCAUGAGGUUGUUGAGGCGGUAGGUGAGGAGGAGGUGGGGGAAAAGGUGCCUGAGGGCGAGGUGGUGGUUACAGAGCAGGAGCCCAAGCUCGAUGUGGAGGAUGUAGUGGAAGAGAAAGAAGACGAAAAGCUCCAAGUCCCGCAGGAAAAGAAGGAAGAGGAAGCUUCUGCUGUAGAAGAAGUAGCUAAAGCCCCAGAGCUCCCCGCUGCCCCUGACAAUGAAAAAGAACCAACUGCUACAAGCUCUGAUGACCACACCGAUGCCGCCCCAUCUCCAGUGGCCGAGCAAGACCAGACAGCAGAGAUCAGCAGCGCUACUACCAAUUCCUUUGUGACUGAGGAACACUUUGUAGUGGAGGAACACACAAAGAGCCAGGUGGUGGUCAGGGAGGAAGAGGAGAAGGAGAGGGAGGAGGAGGAGAAGAAGAGGGAGCACAACGAGGACGAAGAACAGAAGCUUGAGUCUGAGGACUGGGCCGUCUUUAGGGCAGAUGGAGUUGAAUUCCAGAUAAACCUCAAACAAAGGUUGGAAAGAGAGAGGAAGGAAAAUGCUGCAGAGAAGGAGGAUGAUGAUGAUGAUGAUGAUGCUGAGCGGUACUUUAUUGACACCACUCCUCCUCCAGCGGCUCCUUUUAAUCACCGCGUUGUGUCGGCCAAGCCUAACCAGAUCAGCAACUUCUACACUAUCAACUGGCAGGAGGUCCUGGGCGGGGGUCGUUUCGGUCAGGUGCACAAAUGUGUCGAAAACUCCUCUGGUCUCACUCUGGCAGCAAAGGUCAUCAAAGCCAGGAGUCAGAAAGAAAAGGAGAUCGUGAAGAAUGAGAUCCAGGUCAUGAAUAAUCUGGACCAUGCCAACCUGAUCCAGCUCUAUGCAGCUUAUGAGUCAAGGAAUGACAUCAUCCUUGUACUUGAAUAUGUUGGUGGAGGGGAGCUGUUUGACAGGAUCAUUGAUGAAAACUACACUUUAAUGGAGCUGGAUGCUGUGGUGUUCAUCAGGCAGAUCUGCGAGGGCCUGCAGCACAUGCACAAAAUGUACAUCCUACACCUGGACUUAAAGCCUGAAAAUAUUCUGUGCGUGAGCAGAGUCACAAAUAAGAUCAAGAUCAUCGACUUUGGUCUCGCCCGGAUAUAUAAACCAAGGGAGAAGCUGCGAGUGAAUUUCGGCACGCCAGAGUUCCUCGCUCCCGAAGUCAUCAACUACGACUUUGUGUCCUUCAACACAGACAUGUGGAGCCUCGGUGUCAUCACCUACAUGAUUCUGAGUGGUCUGUGUCCCUUCCUCGGUGAUGAUGACAACCAGACUCUGAAUAACAUCUUGGCCUGUCAGUGGAACUUUGAGGAACAAGAGUUUGUGGAGACGUCCAAAGAAGCCAAAGAUUUCAUCUCCAGGCUCCUCAUUGUAAAUAAAAGUUGGAGGAUGGGGGCAGCUGAGGCCUUAAGACAUCCUUGGCUAUCUGACUCAGUGCUUCAUCACCACCUUUAUACAAAGAAAACUAUGUGCAGAUCAAGGCGAUCAUCAUGUGUGCCCAUGACUGAUAGUUGAGGGCUCUACAGAGAUGUGACGGCUCCAGCUGUGGCCACUCGGACCAACCCUCCUGUCCAUGUAAAUGACCUAAAUUUCAGUCAGUUCAUCUGCAGCAUUUUCCUGAAAUGUGAUCCACUGUGUUGUGUUAAUGUAACCAAUAUACCAGAGCAAAAUAUAAAAAGAGAUAACAGUUUUAUUCAAGUGAGAUUUAAUAGUUGAUAGUCGCAGCAAGUGUUGUACUGUACUACUUUUUCCAUGAAUAAUGAAAAGACAGAUGAAGAACAUCUUAUAAUGUUAAUCAGUUGUCUUGCAAUUAAUGUGAUGAAAUCAUGAUAAUGAGAGUAAUAACUCUUGACUAAAUACCUGUUGAGUUUGUGGUGAUGUUUUAUUACAUUACAUUACUUUGUAAGGUUUUUUUUAUUUUUAUUUUUUUCAUCCUGUUGUAGAUGGCAUUUCAAAAUGAUGCUGUGGUCAGAAUCUAACCUAGUUUAAUUAGACCCAUAUUAUCAUACAUACAUACAUAUGUACGUAUAUAUAUAUAUAUAUACAUAUAUAUAUAUAAUAUAUACAUAUAUACGUACAUGAGCUUGACUGUGUGUGGCACCUUUGCCUUGAAAGUUGAACAUGGACAUUGCACUAUCUACUUCACUUUCAAGUAUCCACUCGCCCUCAGUCACCUAUAACCAAAUACACUGUGUUGUCAUUGUUUGCUGCUGUUUUCAUUUACUGCUGAUACUGUAGAUAAUAACUCACGUUUAGAAACAUACCUCAACUGCUUCUGUGUGAAGGCUACAGCAUGAUUCAUAUUAAUGCAACCGGAAUAAUCUGUGCUCUCAGUUAGAAAUGUUCUUUUUGGGCUGUAAAUAGCUGCUGAACUGUAGAGUAAAAUCCAGAUUUUCUCAUAUGUAUGUAUGGACAGAAUGGAAUUUGUGUGCUUGGUGUCAUGAGCUGUAGUAUGUGCACUUUAUACUGAUAUUUAUAUAAACAUAUAUUAUACAUGAAGCUACCGUAGUUCCAUUGAAAACGCUUGUGUGGUCGGACCUCCACGUCUCCUCCAUCUGUUUCAUCCUGCUUUGUCCUGGUGUUCAUAAGCAAACACACAUUCACUUUUUAUGUCUUAUGAACUAGGUGUAACUUUUUCAUUAUUUGUUGCAUGUUGUUAUGUGUUUUUGUGUUAUCAGCUAUUAAAGCUUAAACUUGAUAAAUAGAGUAAUAACUUUUUAAUACCUUUUUUUUUUUCUUUUUUAUUGUAUUGUGCUUGAGCUGUCACUCUAGAGCCACUCCGGCUGUAUAUUCUUGUCACUGUAGAAGCUUUUUACACAUUACAGAGUUAUCUUUGAAAUACCUUCUGUGAAGGUUCACUAACUGAUAGUAACACACUUACCUACCUAAUGUUGCCCAAGUGGAUAAAAUAUCAUUUCAACUAAGUUUAUGUGAAUUUAUUUUAACUUCAUGAUGAAUGUGACAUUAACUGUUGUUGAACACGGAGUGCUAGUAAAAGAAGUUGUCCUCACAGAGUGUUAACAAUUUCAAAUUCAGCAUGUAUUUGAGAAGUGUGUACACACCCAUUAAAGUGAAGUUGUGUCUUAAA